AAACAAUCAUUAAAUUAGUUCGCGAUAUAUUUUUAUACGGAUAUCGUGAUUUUUUUUCAGUACACGUUAACUGAAAGUUAAUCGUUAGAUUGUGGACGUUCGUGGCAGAUUGAUCUUUUUGUAGUCCAUUUUACAAAGAACAUUGUUCCCGGAAUUGAAAAUUCGAUCGAGUUCAAACUACGGGAUUCAGUUCUAUCGAAUCAUUAUCGAAUUUUAACUUGUACUUUAUUCGGCGUGUUUAUUUAUCUUCGAUCCUUUUAAAUUCACCAGUGCGACAAUUAAUUCCCGGCAAGUGAAAUAAUCACGAGGGAACAGAGUAUUUCCUUCUCGGAAACAUUAUACACUUCAAUAUAUAUAUAUAUAUGCGCAUACGAAUAUAUACUUUAUUUCGCUCGGUUCGUCGAUCGUAUAUUGUAUUAUAGCCGGUUCAAACGAUAAUUCUUUGUCCUUUUCGUCCUUGGCGCGCGAUAAAUAUUUGUUUGACUGUUUGGAGCGGUUCGAAGAACGACCUGAACGUUUACCGCGAAAACCGCGAAGUAAAAUCGUGCAAGCGAAAACUUGAAAGUAAAAUGAAACUAGAGUCACGUGGCGUUCUUAUUUCGAAUUGGUAUCGGCGAUCACGAAAACGUCCGCUGGUUGGACCGACCGGAUCACCGUUUCUAGAUGCGACUCUGGUUACGCAGACUAGAGCUUGCCGAUGGUUUCGCAAAAAUAAAUCUGUCAGCGUUGUUAAACGAGGGACUUUUAGAGAUGAAGCAAUUAUAUCAAUGUCGGUGGCUGGGGAGGUAACCGACACUUCGAUUAUGGAAGUGGGCCGUUCAAGACCUCAAUUUCAGUAUUCCCGGGAGGAGUUAAUGGUGAUAAAGACAUUGCCACUGUCAAAAAGGAGACCUGAUUUCUUAGAUAUUUCAUAUAACAAUUCGCGCGGUGUAUGGGACCCUGAACGUUGGCAUUCGGGUAGAAAGCGGAGCGAUACACCUCCGAAAGAUGAGAGAGCUGGACGCGGCGAUCAGGUGGCUGAAAACCAUGCGAAACGUCGUAACGGAGAUCCUCGUGAACGAAUCCGUAAGGAGCAGGAUGGCAUUGUUCUAAGUCCUCAGCGUAGGAGUUUCAAUUCCGGUUGCUUUGUUAAUGUGAUAUGUAAUCAAUCUUCCAACCGACGUCCUGAAAGUCCAAUAGGGAAGACAGAGGUCAGUCAUAGGGAACCUGUUCGACGAAUUGGAAGCGGUAGGAUCUUGGCUCGCGACAUUUGGAACUUUCGACCGGAGAACGAAAAGCUCGAGCCCGAACGAACGGAUUUUACUUUUCGAUCUGGGGCGACCGGGGGUACGACUAUUCGUGACCGCGAACAUAGAGACACUCGUGAUGGAAAGGAUAGAGAGACUGUGAGGGAAAGGGAUCGAGAACGUGAUAAUUUGCGCGAGCGAGACGAAAGGAACGAGCGCUAUGAGCGAAGAUCUUUCGGCCGCGACUAUGGGGAUAGGGAAAGAGAACGUGAUCGGGAUAGGGGUGCCGAGCGGAAUGAUCGAAAUCAUCAACCGGAUCGGGAGAAAGAUCGAGGACGAGAACGACGAUUCAGCAACGACCGUAGACGAACUUACAGCGAAAAUCGCAACGAUGUGGACGAGCCAGAAUGGUUCAGUUCUGGGCCGACUUCUCAACACGAUACGAUAGAGCUGAGAGGUUUCGAAGAUAUUCCUGAAGAGAAGGCACUAAGCAACAGCGGCAGCGCGAAGAACAAAAAGCAGGCUCCGUUGCAAAAGAAACGCGGGAAAAAGAGUUCGGUGGAAAAGGAUGAAAAGCAGACCGAAAAUUCGGCAGGUCCUAAAGGGCGUAGCACACCGACCACGAUGGAUCAACCUAUGAACGUCGUGGCUGCACCGCAUUCACCCAUUUCGGAACAGAACGAAUCGUCUUUGCUCAUUCAGAAAACGAAUCAUGAGUCGAAUGAAAGCGUCAUCACCGAGCCAAGUUGUGAAAUAACCGAUAACUCGAGUAUCACCAACCGAAAUCAAGAAGACGCCCAUCCCGACUUCAAUCUCGAUGACUUCCUGAAGUCCGAUACGUUCCCCGGUGUUCCUGGACUCUUAACUAACGGAGUUGGUACGAAUGGAGGAACUUGUUCACGAUUCAGUCAGUGGUUCAAGAGGGAAAGUCCAGUACAACAAGUCGACAGUCGCAGAACUUCUAUACAAGACGAUAUACUAAACAAUCUUCUGAAUGAUAUUACGGAGCCAAAUAUUCAAAUCCCAUCGGUAACUGAAUCUAACACGUACUUUGCUCCCAUUUCACCUGCCAAUACAACUACGAAUACCGUCACAUCUACCACCGGAGUGAAAUUGUUGGAAAUGCUACAACGUGGAAAUAAACCAAGUCAGAACGGCCAAGGAGAUGCGACUAGUAGUAUUGCACCGUUAAUGAAGAAUACAACUAUUAAAGAUAUGGAAGUUGGUGGAAAAGUUGUGCAUAGUCUGGAGGAUUUGGAAGCACGUAUGCGAGGUGGUGCUCCUCCGCCUACAUCUGCAAUCGAUCAACCUCGUGUAAAUAAGACUGAAGAUCUCUCUGCUUUUAAGAAACUGCUUGCUCAAGUUACUGGAGGACAAGCUAUACCAGCGGCAAAUGGUCCUAUUUCUCAAAAGCAACCGGUAACAUUAAUGCAAUUACUUAAUUCGCAACUAAAAACCCAACCUAUUGCCUCUCAGCAGUCAGUCCCAGAACCAGUUCACUCAACUUUUAAUCAUGUUGGUUCUCUCGGACCAACUCAGCAUCCGCAUCAGGCACAAAUGCAACACGAGAACCUGAUGAAAGUGUUACAAAUUCAGCAGCAACAAAAACAACAGCAGCAGCAGCAACAUCAACAACAGCAACAUCAACAGCAACAGCAGCAACAACAUUCUGACAUGCUGUCGAUAAUGAUGGGAGGUCAACGAAUAUUGGGUGUUAGCCCUGUGCCACCGGAAAUGCAGAUGAUGCUCAACAAUGUUCCAACGAGUCAGGAACUGUUACAAAGGCCUGAAGCUCAAGCCAUUAUUCAAGGUCUUCAACAAGGUGAAAUAACUAGGCAGCACCUCAUACAACAGUUGCAGAACCCAGCUAUGCAACACCGCCAUAGGGAAGUUUUAGUCAACAUUUUAAAAAUGUACGGUGGCACUACUCCUCGUACCGUAAGUCCACAUCCCACCGCUCCCACUCCGCAAGACCACAUCUUGCAACAGAUGUUGUAUCAACAGCAACAGCAAAGGAUUCCAUCACCCAUGAAUAAUGCUUAUUGUCCACCUUCGAUAAUAUCUCCAAAUUUGACCGCUAGUCCCAGCACAUUAACAGUGCAGCAUCCAGUGAUGCAGCAUAGAGUUCCCUCGCCGCGGGAGAUUGCUAUGCAUGCUCAGACCAUAAUGCAAAAUACUCUAAUUAAGAAAAAAUUGGAGGAGCAACGUGAGAAUUACCGCAAACGGCAGGAUCAACAGCAGCAGCAUCAACAACAUCAACAGCAACAACAACAACAACAGCAAGCUCAACAGAGAACAUCUAGUCCUGUUAACUCGUCGGCGAAGCAGACGAUGAGCCCAACGCCGCUCGCUUUUACCCCGACAUCGGUGUUACGUAAAAUGACUGCCGAUAAGGAGCCUGAGGGUAAUAGUAAUGAUCCAUCGAAACUAGCGAGUCAGUCGCAAGCAUCGCAAAUGCAACAUAUGCAAUCCGCUGUUCAGUUACUGACACAGAUUUCCCGGCAUAAUGCGUUGCGGCCACAGUCUGUACAAUCUACAUGGUCGAAUUCGAGUAUUAAACAACAUUCAGGUCGACCGAUAGUGAAAGGUGGUGGUAAUGCUGGUACCCAAUUUCAGUACAGUGGAAACUCAGAUUUUCAACAACAACAGCAACAACAACAACACAGAACUGUUUCGGGCGUUUAUGGUAAUCCUGUGCGUUCCAAGCAUACAAUGACUACUAAUAUGCCCCAUCACAAUGUGCCGCAAUACAAUAUUGCUCAAAAUUCAAUGAUAAAUCAGAGGUCGAACACUAUGAACAACCAAAUGAAAGUACAGCAAGCUCAAUCGCAUCUUUCAAAUAUGCAACAUCAACCACAACAGCAACCACAACGGUCGCUUAACUCACAAAUGCAAACGGUUUUGAACCAAAACUACAAUUCCAAUCGUGCAGAUGGACGAGUAAUGCGAUCACAACAAAUAAGUAUGCCGGUAGGUCGUCAAACAUCACCUGGAUUAGGAUAUGUCGGUACUAACGGUGGCGAUCUUUCACCAACCUCGAAUCAAUUGGCACGAUGGUUUAGUCCAGAGCUUCUUGCUCAGGCGCGGGCUGGUAAGCUCCCAGAGCUUGUCCAGACAAAUGUUUUGUCCUUGGAGGAAUUAGAAAGACUUCAACAUGCAUCGACUACAGUGCAUAACUAGAUCGACAUAUUGUACCUUCUCAUAUUUACAAUUGCAAGCAGAGAGGACUUCAUUGGCAGUUAUUGUUCUAACAAAUUAAAUCUUUUAAAUUAGAUGGCUUUUCAUAUUAAACACACAGUAUAAAGACUCA